CAGAUUGCUUGUGGCAGCCAUACCUGACGGAUCUCAUUACAUAGACGUUACAUAGUCGCUGGCUGUAUAUUCUGGACUUAGAAAUACCCCCCUGUUACGAUGCCAGUGAUAUACCAGCACAUUGAGAGGUCCUUCACUACAGAGGAAGUGCUGGACAUUCUCCACAACCCCGACUGGUCGAGAGUUAUCCGAGAGCCCCCUGUCAAGCCCCGUGGAGGGCAGGUGUUCCUCUACCACUACACAGAGGAAAGCAAGAAAGAUGACUGGAGAUGUGACCAGUAUCACUUCAAACACGAUGGCCUUCGUAAACAGCCAAGAACUAAUCCAAGAUUCUAUAAAAACUUCUUCAUACUCAGAACCAACAAUAGCAAAGCGAAGGGAGACAAAAGGUUCAAGAAACAUGCGUACAUUCUGAUUGGAGACCACAAGAACCUUGUGUUGUUCCAGUACCUGGGAGAUGAAAGUGUAGCAGAGGACCUUCCUCACGGGAACUCAAAGAAUGCUUGCUUGCUGUAUACACGUCUUUGUCCGUCAGUCAUCGAGGCCAUCAAGGACAUCACCGUCCCUUCAAGGGAGGUCCUGCAGACACUUGAGGAGCAAGCCAGGUCCUCGGCAGUUCCUGAAGUCCAUAAACCGCGGUCCCUGUUGCAGAUUAGCAACACAAGGAGCCGUGUGAAGAGAAGGUCGAGAACGGGUAAAAAGAAGACGCGAAGAAAAAAGAAAAAGAAGAAAGAAGAUCCUGGAACAAAGCAUGAAACGGUUGUGAGUCCCUGUCUUGCGUCAACGUACCUUCCUGAACGAAUUUCCGCUGAGCCCAGUGCGGAAGCUGAUGUCACUCUGUCGCCUGAUGCCAUGUCUCCACAGACCAGAAUAGCCGUACUAGCACAACUGUGUGAAAAUAUCUACCAGGAGAAUAUGGUCAAGACUUCUAAUGAAGAGGCUCAGAAUUCAGACAGACUUGUCAUUGACAAAGGAGACGAUCCAGCGGAAGCCAUUGAUGCAGAGCCAUCUGCCCAGACUGGGAAUGAUGAAUCAGGCAUCAAUAACAUGUCAAAUCCCAAUACAGACAUAGAGCUUGAGGUAAUAGAUACCAGCUUAGUGUUUGAAGUGGGAAGGACAGUGUGUAUUCCGUUAGCCAAUGAAGACAGAGACAGCAACAGAUUAGCUGAAACACACAAAGUGUGUGACAUUAUUCAAGAUAGUGGAAUUUCAUCAAGUAACAUGUUGGUAUGUGAUGUUCAAAACUCAAUAGACUCCGACACGAAUCACACAGGGCAUGGCGGACUUGGAACAGGUUAUACUCCUGUUUGUUCAUUGCCUUCAACUGCCGGCGCCCCCAACAACUUGGAACAUCAUAUUGAAGUCAUGGACAGCAACCCACUUCAUCGGAUCCUGGCAUUGGUAAGAGAAACCCUGCAGAUGGUUUCUCCUGGUACAGAAACCUGCCUUUCAUCAAAUACUAAGGUCACAUCUACAGCGUCUGUAAAUGAGUCGAAUGGCGAUGUUUCAACAUUGCAGCAAGGGGGACCGUGUGCCGUACUUCAACAAGGAACAUCACUACCCCACACUGCUGUUUCUCUCAUCGCGCAAGUUUCCUCAACAUGGGCAACUGACUUCCAAAGCAUCAAGCAAUCCUUACUACGGUCGGAUUCCCUUGGAUCUGUGAUUCAGACUCACCUUGAACUUCUUGACUUAAUUGCUGCUGUUAUUGUUGGUGCUUACAAAACCAGCACUGACUGCCUUACUUUUGUCGAGACCCUGAAGAACUACCCAUCUCAUUUAGAGAGGAAUUUGAGCAGGCAGUUGCCAACAGACGUUGUUGACAAGAGCACUAAGUAUCGGAUCGGUAACUACACCAUAUCAGGAACUGACAUUUUGAGAUUAGACGGAAAUUCCUGGCUGGAUGACAGUGUUAUCCAUGCGUUUCUCCAUCUUCUCAAAAAGCAAUACACUGAAGAGAGGAAGCGAGAUGUGAAGAUACUGGAAUGCUUCCAGUAUAAACUGUGGGAGAAAGGAAACUAUUCUGAAUGGCUAUAUGAAAAGGAUCAGUUCUCAACAUUCGACUGGAUUCUUAUGCCGAUUUGUGUCAACAAUCACUGGGUUCUAUUAGCAGCAAAUGUAUCGAAAAGAACAGUGUGUAUAAUCAACUCCCAAACAUCAAGGAACCAUUCCCUACAAGUGACUCAGCACUGGAUGGAGUUUAUGCAGUGCCGCAGUCGGACUACAGGAGAAGAGCUGAGUGUAUGGAGGCCCCUGCAGCAGCCUGUGUUCCCACAGACCGAUGGCAGCAGCUGUGGAGUGUUUGUACUGAUGGCUGCAGAAGCCCUUGUUGCAGGAAUCCCUCCUGGCAUCAUGAGAACUUGCCACGUGGCUGUGUACAGGCACUAUGUCAAACAGAGGCUCGUGUCAGCAGCGGAAGUAGUGCAGACCGCAACCAUGGAGGACGUCGCUAUUGAGGGUAUGGAUGGAGCCAAACCUGUCGAUAUGGUGGACAUCUCUUCAGAAAGACAUAUUAAUCACUCACAGGGGUGUGAACAGGAAGACCUGACUGUACCAACUGAUGAAGCAUUGCAGAUUACCACUGAAGCUAUCAACUCCACAGAGGUCAUGACAGAUGCUGCUCUGCCUUGUGAUCAUAGACCAGGUAAUGCUCAGGCGGAUCUAGCUGAGGGUCAAUCUGAGGAUGAGGAAUCUGGAAAAUCAGGAUCUGACAGGAAACAUGCAGAUGACUGUAAAGAGACAAUCACAGAAGAGGAAGAGAUGAUGGAUGCCAGUACAGAACAUGUCUCAGAUGAGGAAUGUGAUGAGCAUUCGGCACUGGAAAAACCUAACACCAGUGUCCUGUUGGACUGUACACCACUACCAGCACUGGCACAAUGUGAAGCGAUAUAUCGAAAUGAAAGGCUGCAUUUCACAGCUCUUACACUGCUUUGUAUGGAGAAAGGACGACUGCAUUUGUCAGACUUGACCGAAGUCAGUGAAUCUUUACAGUCACACAUCACAUGGUCUUGUCAGUUGUCUGGAGUUGAGGAGCUGAGUCCAGUGCAGGCAAAAACAUGUCUACGUGCCUUAAAUACCACUCUCCUUAAAAUUGAAGAUGAUGUUGUUCAAUUUAGGCAAGAGGAAACGCUAUCUCACAUUAAAGAUAUACUCACAGACACUUCUGUUGAAUACAUGGCGAAAGUAGAUCUUGAGUUCAUAUACCUGCAUGUAAAACUUCAUCAUACGGAUGCUUCUAUGGAUGAAGAGCUUGUAUUUACCCUCAGCUUAGAUAGGGCAAGACAGAAGGGUCUUGCACAACGAUUUGCUCAGGAGAUAAUGAAGCAUAAUUUUGCUUUAACUUUGUCGCACCAAGCAACUGGAAAGCAUGCACUUUGUGUUCAAGUGGCCAGGCUGAUCAAGCAAUAUAUGCAGACAGGUAGUAUGACAGAACUAUUUGCGUCACCUGAUAUCAAACAUGGCGGAAACUUCCUCAACUGGUUGUGUUUUGGUAGAAAUGCUGAAUUAUACAAAGUAUUGUCGAUGUAUAUCCUGGAGGACGUAAAAGAAGAGUGUUUGAUCUACUGCUGCGUGAGUGGUAAUUUAGACGUACUUCAGCUUCUCCUAGAAGACAUGGAUCUCAAGGAUGUACUGUCCUUGAAGCCAAAGAUGCAAGUAGUGCAAGGUAUUCAUAGCUGUGGGAUAAAGACACAAGCUCUGGCAACUCACUUCUUGCCACCCUUACACCUCUCCUCCUACUAUGGCCACACAGAUAUUGUCAAAUGUCUUCUUGAGUUGGGAUGUGACAUCAAUGCCCAGCUUCCUGACGAGUUUGAUGGGAGAGAGGGUCCAGUUCCUCCAGGAUCAACACCAGCUGCAGCUGCCACAUCUGGAGGACACACAGCUGUGCUGCAGUGUCUCAUUGACCACCAUGCUGCCAUGAAUCUUGUAGAUUGUAACAAUAACUCCCUCCUGCAUUUAGCCUGCAAAGGAGGACAUACAGAUGCUGUAGCGUUACUCAUCAGUGAGUGUGAUACGUCAGCCAGGAAUAUAGAUGGAAACACACCCCUCCACCUGGCAUGUGAGGAGAGAAAACUGAAGGUUGUUGAGGUCCUGCUCAAAACAAAUGUAGAUGUUACUUUGCUUAACUACCAAGCCUUCACACCUUUUGAUAUUAUUUGCCAGAAGGGAUACCUUGAUAUUGCUAUAUUAGUGUUAAAUGCCACGUCAUACCCGCUACCGCAUGAUAGUUAUAAUACACCGUUACAUGCAGCAUGCAGGGGGGGAUACACAGAACUUGUGAAAAUUUUGUUACGUUACGAUUUAAACAGAUCAGUUUGUAAUAAUACAUCCCGUAUGAAUUGUCGUUUUGAGAAUUCCAGAUAUUUGAUAUUUUCAAUGAGAGGCAAUGAUGUCAAACACACACCAUUAUUUGUGGCUUGUGAGAAUGGUCAUAUUGAUAUUGUCAGACUAUUGAUAGAGAAAGGCGCUGAUGUAACUGCUGCUGCUAAAGAUGGUUGCACACCUCUACAUUGUGCCUGUAAGAAUGGUCAUAUUGAUAUUGUCAGACUGUUGAUAGAGAAAGGCGCUGAUGUAUCUGAUGCUGCUUGUUACACACCUCUACAAUGUGCCUGUAAGAAUGGUCAUAUUGAUAUUGUCAGACUGUUGAUAGAGAAAGGCGCUGAUGUAUCUGCUGCUGCUGCUGCUGAUGUUUACACACCUCUACAUUGUGCCUGUGAGGAUGGUCAUAUUGAUAUUGUCAGACUGUUGAUAGAGAAAGGCGCUGAUGUAAAUGCUGCUUUUUAUGGUGACACACUUCUACAUUGUGCCUGUAAGAAUGGUCAUAUUGAUAUUGUCAGACUGUUGAUAGAGAAAUGCGCUGAUGUAUAUGCUGCUGCUAAUGAUGAUAUUGGUUACACACCUCUACAUUGGGCCGUUAUGAAUGGGCAUAUUGAUAUUGUCAGACUGUUGAUAGAGAAAGGCGCUGAUGUAUCUGCUGCUGAUGCUGAUAAUGAUGAUGGUUACACACCUCUACAUUUGGCCUGUAAGUAUGGUCAUAUUGAUAUUGUCAGACUGUUGAUAGAGAAAGGCGCUGAUGUAACUGCUCUUGAUGGGUAUCAUGGCACACCUCUAAUUUGGGCCUGUGAGAAUGGUCAUAUUGAUAUUGUCAGACUGUUGAUAGAGAAAGGCGCUGAUGUAUCUGCUGCUGAUGAUGAUGGUUACACACCUCUACAUUUGGCCUGUGAGAAUGGUCAUAUUGAUAUUGUCAGACCGUUGAUAGAGAAAGGCGCUGAUGUAUCUGCUGCUGCUAAAGCUGGUUACACACCUCUACAUUGUGCCUGUAAGAAUGGUCAUAUUGAUAUUGUCAGACUUUUGAUAGAGAAAGGCGCUGAUGUAACUGCUGCUACUAAAAGUGGUUACACACCUCUACAUUGUGCCUUUGAGAAUGAUCAUAUUGAUAUUGUCAGACUGUUGAUAGAGAAAGGCGCUGAUGUAUCUGCUGCUGCUGUUGGUUAUGAUGGCACCCCUCUACAUUUGGCCUGUAAGUAUGGUCAUAUUGAUAUUGUCAGACUGUUGAUAGAGAAAGGCGCUGAUGUAUCUGCUGCUGCUGAUGGUGGUUACACACCUCUACAUUGGGCCUGUGAGAAUGGUCAUAUUGAUAUUGUCAGACUGUUGAUAGAGAAAGGCGCUGAUGUAUCUGCUGCUGCUAAAGCUGGUUACACACCUCUACAUUGUGCCUGUAAGAAUGGUCAUAUUGAUAUUGUCAGACUGUUGAUAGAGAAAGGCGCUGAUGUAACUGCUACUAAUAGGCAUGGCGACACAUCUCUCUCACUGGCCUGUGAGAAUGGUCAUAUUGAUAUUGUCAAAUUGUUUGAGCAAGACAUUGUGAUGGCCGUGGGAAAAUGUGAUUCUACACUUACAGCGCUUGUUUUGAAGAAAACUAUUAUGGAUUUUGUAAACAUCUCAACAGAAAGAAACAAGCCAUAUGCCAUUAGUUGUAACACUAUUCUUCAGAAAUGUUUGAAAAUGAACAUAUGUGAAAUUUCUUCAGUUUCAAAUAUGCUCUCGACUCUUAAGCAAUAUCAAGACAAGAUGGUGCUGGUCAAGCUUUUGACUUCAAUUUGUAAUUGUGAAAUAAUAAAAAACCUGUUAAUUACACUAAAAGUGACUAAUUUUCAAGACACAUUACAUUAUGCACUACUUCAAAAAGCUGUUGCCAAGGGUGAUGCACAUUGUGUAUACUUUCUGACAAGAGGUCAUGCAUUGAGGUCAUUUUUAGACAAUCAGUUGUUGAAAAUGAUGGUAGAAGCUGUUCAAAACAAACACUUCACUGUGUUUCAAAUGUUGCACGAUGUCCCACAUGUUCAUGAUUCAAGUGAUCAGUUGGUAUUCCAUGCAUGUGAACAUGGACAGGUGCAGGUUUGUAAUGUUUUGUUGUCAUGUGGAUCCUGCCACAGUGGCAGAUGUUUGAUUGCAGCAUUCAAAGUGAGGAACGUUGUGCUUGUAGAAUUGUUACUUAAAUGGGAUGUUAACGUGAAUGCCUACGAUGGUAAGAGAAAUUCCUCUCUUCAUCUAGCAUGUGAACUAGGAGAUGACAACAUAGUAAAAUUAUUGAUUGAAAAAGGUCAAAGUGUACAUGGAACUAACAAACAGAUGGAGACGCCUUUAUUUGCUGCAAGUCGACAUGGACACGUUGCCGUUGUGAAACUGGUGCUAUCGCACGGCGCAGACAUAACAAAGAUAGACAUCGAGGGUAACUCAGUACUUCAUUGUGCAUGUCUCUCUGGUGAAGUGGAUUUACUUCAGUUGUUUAUACAGCAUAUCUCACUUAAAACAAAGCAUGUGCUUGGACGAGGGGGAGCAGUGUCUCUUCACCGUGUACUUUGUUUUUCAAAUAUAAAUGGAGAAUCGCUUCUCCAUGUUGCGUGUAGAAAAAAACAUAAUCAAGCUGUUGAAAUAUUGCUUCAAAACAAGAUGUCAAUGUAUGCGAAAGAUAACAAAGGCAAUACGCUUGUUUCAAUGACAGAGAAGCAGAAGUCUCUGUUUGUAGUUCUUUGUAACUUUUCUUGCGAGUUUCAAGAAAAAGAUUCUGCUGGAAAUACCCUACUACACAUUGCUUGUGAUAGGGGUUAUAUCGAAUGUGUUGAUGUACUGUGUAGAAGAGGAGCGAAUGUAUCAGCUUCCAAUAACAAACUGGAGUAUGCUGUACAUAAGGCUGCGGAGAGCGGUAGUGUGGAAAUCAUGGACAUCCUUUUAGCACAUGGAGCCGAUAUAAAUAUGACUGACAUUGAUAAACAGACCCCUCUCCAUCUUGCAUGUGCUGAAAAUAAUUUAGAAAUCGUGGAGAUUUUGAUACGAAACAAAGCAGAUGUAAAUGUGUGUGAUAAACAUCAUGUAACCCCCCUACACUUUGCAUGCAGAGAUGGGUUUACAGACAUUGCUGCUGUGUUGCUAAAGGCAUUUGCAGAUGAUGGAGUAGUUUCUGAGAAUAAUGCUACACCACUAGUUUGUGCUUGUGAAAGCGGACAUAUCAAUUGUGUCAAACUCUUACUGAGGGCUGGAGCUAAUGUAAACGUAACGGGGCAUCGAGGCAAUACUCCAUUACAUCGAGCUUCUGCUCAGGGCCAUGAAAGUGUUGUGAAAGUAUUACUUUCAUGUGGAGCUGAUCCACUGCAAGGAAAUGUCAAUGGUAAACUUCCCCUUCAUCAUGCAGUUUUAUGGGGCCACCUUGGAAUAGUCAAAGUACUGAUAGACAAAUGCAAGUCUUAUCUGAAGGAAUCUUCAAAUAUGCUCCUUUUGCUCGAAUCAGUCUGUUCAAGAGGCUAUGUGGAGAUACUAAAAAGUCUGAUGGAAUUCUUUGAUCAGUUUUUAAUGCCACCCAAGAACAUGUUUCAUCUAAUUAAGACUUCAAUCAUUUCAAACCACACUGAACUUCUGACUAUUCUAGAGGGAAAAGGUUGUAAUAUUCAACAAAGAGACGAUCGUGGAUGGAGUAUACUGCAAGUGGUGUGUGAAUCUGAAGGCAUUGAUCAAACCUCAUUGGACAAAGUUCUUGAAUUAGGGUUUGAUCUAAGAGAAAUUACAGAACAUGGGGAAUCGCUUCUUCACAUAGCCUGUAAAAUGGAUAAUAUCGAAACAGUAAAGCAUUUGAUUGAGAAAGGUGCCAAUGUUCAUUCUAAAGACAAUUCAGGUGACACAGUUCUUCAUGUGGCAUGUGCACACGGAUACUUUGAUACAGCUACCGUCCUGAUUAAGAAGGGGUUGAGCAUCAAUGAAAAGAACUUGAAAGGCUUAACUUCACUUGACAUUGCGAUUGCAAAUAAACACUAUGGAGUGACCUGUUUGUAUGAUCCCUAUUAUGCUUUGUCCAACAGUCGACCUAGAAUCAGCAUGAUGUCUCUUCACCACAUAUGCCGUGACAAAAAAAUACAGCUACUCUACAAUUCUGAGAUUGUGUUUUCCGAGGUGGAAAGUGAUGGGAAUUCUGCUCUUCACAUUUCCUGCUUGGAGGAUUCAGAUGAAAUUGUACAACUGCUUGUCAUAGCUGGAGCUUGGUUGAAUUUACGAAAUACCCUUGGGGAGGCGCCAGUGCACGUAGCUUGUCGUGGUACAUUGUCUUGUCUCAAAGCUAUGACUGAUGCAGUAGUCAACAGGGAUCUUUUAAAGACAGUUGUAACAUCACGAGACAGAAAUAACAAUACUCCAUUGCACACUGUAGCGCAUGAACGAAAGUUUGAACAUCUAUGUUUACUUCUGGAGAAGGGUGCUGAUGUUAACUUAGCCAACAACUUUGAUCAAACAGCUCUGCACAUUGCUUGCUAUGUUGGUGAUGCGAACAUAGUCGUGACAUUACUAAACGCAAGAGCUAAUAUCUUAGCGAAAGAUAAACGUGGAAACACACCUCUCCACAUCAUAUGCACAGAAGGUAAUCUGUCCUUGUUAAGACUGAUAAAUCACAAUGAAGCAGUGAUUGCCACACGAAAUUAUGAAGGAAGAACACCUCUCCAUGAGGCAGUCAAUCGUGGAUAUCAUGCCAUGAUCCUGUACAUGAUGACUGAGUACUGGCACUUCACCCAGUCCGAUCUGUCUGAGGAGGGGCUUCAACACUUUAUUAUCAGAAUGGGCAGAGAAGACUUUACAAAGUUGUUGAUGGGCGAAACGAUUUGCCCAGACUCUGAAGGCAAUACACCUCUCCACCAUGCCGCAGAGACCAAGAGUCUCGUUACUGUAAAGACGUUGAUGAGACGAGGAUACAGCUGUCAAGCUACAAAUGAACUGGGAGAAACACCUCUGUUUAAUGCAUGCUUAAAAGGAAGUGCAGCUAUAGUAGAACUCUUUUUGAAGGAAGGCUCUCCACCAUAUAUCACUAAUGACAACAACAUGACGCCGCUCCAUGUAGCCUGUCAGACAGGACAUGUAGAUAUUGUGGUCCUAGGCGCCAGGACUCACCUGGGCCAGACAGUACUUCAUCUGGCAUGUAUGUCCGGGAAUGCAGAUGUUGUUGAAGUUUUGCUGAAAGCAGGAUCAGAUAUAAAUGCACGGGACAACAAUCUAGAUACUCCCUUGCAUAUGGCAGCCAUACAUGGUAAAGUUGAUAGCAUCAUUCUCCUGGCUAAAUGGGGAGCAAGAGAUGUACAGUGUAACCAACAGGGUGAUUUAGCUCUUCAUCAUGCAUGUCGUGAAGGUCGUACUGAUGUAGUGAAGACUUUACUGAAUAUUGACAGUGAUGCUUCAGAUUUGAAUCAUCAAGGUGUAUCUCCGGUUAUGCUGGCCUGUGAUCGAGACUGCGAGUCAAUUUUGGAGUUACUGCUUCAAAGGUUAUUGGUUGAGGUGCAGAUAGAAAGCAUACAACCAACGGACGACUCUGUCCACGAGAAAUAUGUUACUAACUUGAACUACUGCCUUUAUUGUGCGUGUAAACACAAUUACCUCGGAACAUUGCAACUUUUGAUCAAAUACAAUGUUGAUAUUAAUCACAUAUUCACUGACGCUGAGUUAAAGGUCAUCAAUAGACCAAGCAUUGAAGAGUUGUCACAAAGUGAGAACGAACACAGAACAUUACAACCAACUGCCCUGCAUAUAGCCUGCUAUAGAGGCCAUGCCACCUGCGUAGAAACUCUCAUGAGAUCAGGUGCCCUCUCUGAAUCAAAGACAUCCUCUGGAGACACGCCUCUACACGUGGCUUGUAUACACGGACAUUACGAUACAGUGGCAUUAUUACUCAAUGGGGGCGUCUCAGCAUCCCCUGUUUCUGAUAAUGGCACAACACCUUUACAUUACGCAUGCAGGGGUGGGUUUGAAGAUGUCGUAUCGAGGCUGUUGGCGGCUGGAGCUGACCCUGACGCCGAAGAUGGUGAUGGGAAAACACCCCUGGCGGUAAGCAGAGGAGGAGGAGUAGCCGACAUGUUCCUUAAGAGUCAUGGAAGUUCACGGAAAAGGGGGAAGGACACAUCCCAGGCAGCAGAGGUCCCUCCACAGAAGGUGUCGAAGGAAUAACUACGGGUGGUGGAGGUCAUUCUGACCCAGGUGACCCUAGACAAGUGCCAAGUCAGGUGAUACUUCUAAGAUCUGGAGACUUUCAGGGAACCCAUGCCGCCUGCCCUGCCCUGAUUCCGUCUGUAUGUAGAAGACACAGUGCACAGUGCAAAUGUGUUCAUGUAUGAGAAAAUGUUGUUUCCAUGGCCAGUUCACCAUUUUUGGUAAUUAUAAGUGUAAAUAGAUAUUUAAAUGUUUGACAACAAAUACAAUUAAUGUUGAAGUAAGUGUAAAUAGAUAUUUAAAUGAUUGACAACAAAUACAAUUUCUUCUUUGAUAGGCAUUUAGAAGUUGGGAGUACUGAGUAAGGAUAAGAAUUUAUGGAUGAACAACUUCUUUAUUACAAUUAAGAGCGACGUUUCGGUGUAGGUUCUAA